UUUUCUCUCAUCUUCUAUGCUUUUAUUUUACAUUUUUUUUUUCUCAACUUGAAAAUUUUUCACAGUAUAAUUUUCUCAUCACACGAAGCUUCCAGAAACUUCAUUUUAACAUUUCUAACAAAGUCACUUCAGUAAAUCGGUAAAUGUGAUUAAACAAUCAGUAACCGACAGCGAUGAUGUCACGAUUCUUCCGAAGCCGUUUCCCGGCGGCAAAAACGCUGAUCUCAUCACGUUUCUUCUCAUCGCCGCCGCCAAAAAUCGUUCGUUCCUGCGGUGGUUUAGCGGCGGAGAGUUUAGCUCCGGCGACCGCCAUGAAACCUGAUAAGUUUCGUUCCGGCGGUGCUGCGGUUGAUUUAGCGAUAGAUGAUGAUGAUGAUUUAGAUGAUGAAUUUGCUCCGGUUACCGGUGCGAAGCUUGGUGCUGCUCCGACGCUUCUACAGCCGCGCGUUGUUAUAUUCGACGGCGUCUGCCAUCUCUGUCACCGAGGGGUAAAAUUUGUGAUUAAGGCAGAUAAAGAUAAGAAAAUCAAGUUCUGUUGCCUGCAAUCUAAAGCUGCUGAACCAUACAUGAGAAUUUGUGGUGCUGACCGUGAGGAUGUUCUGCGUCGUUUUCUGUUCAUUGAAGGACCUUAUGAAUACCACCAAGGAUCUACUGCUGCAUUGAAGGUUCUUUCUUACUUGCCAUUUCCAUAUUCUGCAUUGAGCACUCUUAUGAUUGUACCAGCUCCAAUAAGAGAUGCGAUAUAUGACUACAUUGCCAAGCGACGCUAUGACUGGUUUGGGAAGGAUACAAACUGCUUAGUUUUGAAAGAGAAGGAACUGCUUGAACGAUUCGUUGAUAGAGAUGAAAUGGUUCGAAAGAAAUGGUCUGACGAGUAAUUCUGUAAUCAAUAUUUCAUCAUUUUCACUGUAAUUUCUCUCAUCUCUGUCUACCAUUAUCUCACACGAAGCUUAGUACAAAUUGUAAAUGAGUAGUGAAUUAGUGAUUUUUUGAAAAGAAAUGGACACAGGAUUAGCUUGUUAAUGA